AUGGAAGCAGGAUCCGACUACGCCUCAGGAACAAAGUUUAGAGCAGUUGUGACUGACUUUAAGAAGCCAACUAUUGCUGAGCUCGAGCUUAGAGAAAUCCAAGAUGAUGAACUCCUUAUUAAAGUACAUUCCACCCCCGUACACUUUGCAGACCAGGGAUAUUGCAGAGGGCUCUAUGGUAACAAAGAAGAUUUGCCACCUCCUCCUUCAGGAGUUGGAUUUGAGGGAGCAGGAGAAAUAGUCAAAGUUGGAGCUAAUAUUGAUUCUUCUUUGGUAGGAAGAAAGGCAGCAUUUACUAACUCCUUCACUGAUGAAGGAUAUCAGGGCACUUUUAGACAGUAUAUCUAUCUUCCUCAUUCCAGAGUAAUUGUAUAUCCUGAAGGCUGUACAACUGAUUAUGACGUUUUGUCCUGUGCUGUUGCUAACCCACUUACCAUCUGUGGAUUCAUCGAUUAUUGCCAAAAGAAUGGACAUACUUCAGUUAUCCACGAUGCAGCUAGUGGAGCAUGUGGAAAGCUCUUCCUUAAGGCAUGCAAGAAGUUCGGUAUCAAACUGAUUAACUUAGUCAGAAAAGAUGAGCAAGUCACCAUGCUUAAUGAAAUGGGUGCUGAUGUGACAUUAAAUUAUUCCUCAGAAGAAUUCCCGGGACAGCUCACUGAAGCUAUCAAUGAGCAUAAGCCAACUGCUUAUUUCACAGCCUUGGCAGGAGAAGUAGCAGCUUAUGUAUUUGGUCAAAUGGAUAGAUUCACUACUCUCUACAUUUAUGGCAUGCUUUCCAUGGAAAAUAUUUCUCUUGAGCCAAAGAAUAUCCUCUUCAAAUCUCAAAGAGUAGAAUCUUUCUGGCUAACUGUAUGGCUAUCAAGCCUCACAAAAGAAGAAGUAGAGAAAUGGAACAAAACAAUCCUCGAUGAUAUCUCAAAAGACGAGGGAACAUUCAGUACCCCAAUCGGUAAAAUCUUCAAACUAGAGGAAGUCCUUGACGCAAUGAGACACGCUAGAAAGAGCGGCAGCGAGGGUAAGACCAUCCUCAGAGCCCAAGAAUAA